CCAUCAUCGAUGUGGUGCUGAAGUGGACAGCUCCCCAAGCAGAUAAACAGCACCACACCAAAACACCAUGGCUGGUCCGGCUCCGUUUCUGCGGACACUUUGCACAUCUCACUCUUCUUAACGCGAAUAAAAAUCAUCCUCAUCCAGCCGAAGGUUUAUUUUUUAUUUUUUAAACACUGUUUUCAUCUUUUGGAGCGAAUCAGCAUCGUGCACUCCGCGCGCAGAGAGGCGGAUGUCGGAGCACCUGUAGCUGAUUCUGGAUCCCGUAAAAAACGGAGGCUGGAUUGUUUCACAUCAGUUGGUUUCCGUCCUGCAGGAGACAGGAGAGGAGCUCCGCGGCCGUCUGAUCUGCAGUCGGUGGAGCUCAAAGGAAGGAGCAUGGAUACACACAGGAAUUUUCUCUGACCAGUGAGUUGAGUGGAUUUGUGGAACGGGUUGGUGUUCUUCUGAAUAGAGGAUUGUGACAGCAGCACCACGGACAGCUCGCCAUUUCUCGCCACGCUUCUUUUGUUUGUUUAUUUCGCGCUUUCCGACGAGGAUAUAGCUUCUGUUUUAAUAAGCCAUGGGGAAAGAAGAGUGCAAAACCAUGCUCGACGCUUUGAACAAAGUCACAGCCUGCUACAGGCAUCUGGUCAUCGCUCUGGGAAGCACGUCGGAUUCCCAGAACCUCCGAGAGGAGCUGAAGAAAACCCGCAAAAAGGCCCAGGAGCUGGCGGUGGCCAACAGGACUAAACUGACCACGCUGCUCAAAGACAAAAGCCUCAGCAAAGACGACCGCGCCGAGUACGAGCGCCUGUGGGUGCUGUUCUCCAGCAGCAUGGACCUCCUGGAGGUGGACAUGAAACGGUCCCUGGAGAUCGCGCAGGAUUUCCCCCUCAAGGUGCCCACGAGGCACCUGAUCCAGACGGGGAUGACCGGCAGCACCAGCACGGUGGCCGCCCGGGCCAUGAGCGUCCAGAACAUGAAGUACGAGGCGGACAGCAACAUCGACACGGCGGACCUCCGGGAUCUGCAGAGCGAGAUCACCCAGGUGAGCCAGAUGAUGGAGGAGAUGGAGAUGAAGGUGCAGGUGGCGCCCUGGGCCGUCGUGGCGAAGCAGGAGGCGGGGGCCGAGCUCAAGUCCAACAUGAGCGUGGGAAAUUCCUCCGUGGGCGUCAUCUCCAUCUGCGAAGAGGAGCCCAAAGAUGAUGAAGGUGGAGGCGCCACGCAAGGUGGCUCCUCGUCCGUUGGCGCUGUAGUUGUGUUCUUUGCCAUUCUCGCUGUUGCUCUGGUUCUGGGAUAUUUGGUUAUCAACAUGUCCUGAACUGUCUGACCCCAAAACAAAACAGUCUACCCUGACGGACACCCGGCUCAGCUGCCCAUGGGGAGAGAGAGAGGUUGCUUGGAGGGUUGGAAAAAGCCUGACAUGCAAAGUAAUGAAUCUCUCUCGGAUUUGUGAAUGUAUUUGGUGGAGUUGAGCAGUUGCACUUGAUCAGAUAUACUAGAGCAGUUUAGACAGUGUGUGUGAUAAUGGACAUGCACUGGAGAGAAUGGACAUGCGGCCUCAUAGGUAUUCCGAGGGGGCGAUAGGUCAUGUAUUUUUGGAUGAGGAUAAAAAAAAAAAAGGCAGAAAAUUACGUGACAGUGUCUGGCCAUCAGGAUGAUACAAACCACACGUAAUCCAAGUGGAUUAGUGGAAAAGCUCAAGCAUAAAUGUAGCCUGCAGUUAAGUAUUCCUGUUGAUGUUGUGCAGAUUGAUGCUUUAAAUUUCAUGAUUUCAAUCUGGGAAAGUAAGUUUUGCUCAAACAAGGAGAAGGGCCAUCUAGUCUGAAAAUUAGGUUUGUGGUAUAGGCCUGUGGAAACUAGUAAAAGGCUAGAGCGUUUACAGUUAAUCCCCACUCUUACCACCACGCUAGUUGGAUGUGAUCAAAUCUGCACUGUUCUACACUCCCACUGGCACAGUUUUAAUGCAUCUUAAUAAUCUGUAUGGACAGAUUGUAGACGACCUGCAUCAUAUUUCAUUGCAUCAAAUCUCCAUGUGCUUCAAGAGAGCUUUUGGGCUCUACAGUAAGAGACAUUCACAGUCUUUUGCACCUGAUCACUCUGCGCCUGUUCUCGAACCUUUUCAGGGUUUUCUUGCAAACAGUAUUGAAUGUAAACAUUUCAACAUGUGUAUGGAAGGUUUGUACACAAAGUCUAUACCAGAUAAUGUACAUAAAUCAGGUAUAUUUAUUAUAAUAAAACGCUGAAACACACUUGAUAAUGUGCUUGUAGUUUGAAGACAGCUUUGCAGGUGCUGCAAAAAUCAAAGACCACGCA